CACACCCAAAGCCCACAACUUCUAUUAAAGACUUGACGUUCAUGAAUCUUUCUCUCAUAUCAGAUACAGCUCAAACACUCCAUUCUAUCUGGUAUUCCUCGCUAAACCUCGAUAUACAGAGAGUUUCAGUGGCCAUGUCAUCAUCCAUUCGCCUGAAGGGCCGCCAAACUCUCAAAAGCAUCAGCUCGACUUUAGACCUCAGAAAAGUCGCGCGAAAGCUCGGGAAGGACACGUCUAGCUUGAACUUCACUAAGGACUUUGCGCGUCAGAACACUCAUAACAGCCUCAGUACUAUAUUCAAUGCAGUCUUGGUGAGAGACGAAGAAGACAUAUACUUGGAGGACAAAGUUGCAAGUGACUUGUGUAUCGCAUUAUGCGAUCUUCAACUAGAGAAUGAGGGACCCGAAGACCAGAAUGGUUCCUCUUUUUUCAGUCCUAUGUCAUUAGACAAGUUGAAUUCCUUUCCUUUUGAUCAAAACUAUGGAGCCACUGAGGGCUUUUUACGUGCAUACGACUGCCAGGACGGGAGCAAGCCGUCCACAGCUGGAAGCCUCUUAGGUGAGCUGACUUGGUUAGUCGGAGGGGGUCGACGAAUCUUUCCCGAAGGCAACAGGAAGACAUACCUCCACCGAGCAGUGAACUGGAAGAAUAUCGGACUUUGUCCUGAGAUACUCCGCGAAGACCUCUACGAUGCGAUUGAUAGCGCCGGGUUGCUUCGGAAAAAGGGCAGAUUUGGAAGAAUAUUCAAAAUCGCAAAUGGAUAUUGCGCAGUGCCUUGGAGUGUUCGUGUUAACGAGCCGCACACCAUGGUGACGAUUAACCACAAUUACACUGCCGAUGAAAAGAUAUCACGAGCAGAGAUCUUGACAAUUGUUGCUGUUAUGAUGACACAACUGGAGCACGAACAUCUUGAAGAGCAUUGCAUCCCUCCUGUAAUGGUGGUCUCGUUUAUGGACUCUCUCCAAGGAAGGAUCUUGCAGGCUCACGUAACAGACAGCCAGCUUGUUAUCAAAAAGUCUAAGCUGUAUGAUUUCGAUGAACAGGCAGAUUGCAAACGAUCUAUGACAUUGUUUACGCAACAUAUGGCAUGUGAUAGAAUCGGAAAUACUCGUCAAAUCGUAAGUUUUGACGAGGAAGAAACAAAGCGCAAAACCGCCAAGGCCAGGGAUAUGGAAAUUCGAGAAAAGAAUAUUCCUUCCGAUACUGACCCUAAAUUCGAGGGGGAGGAGUAAAGUUGGCUGUCCAAGUUGGGGGCGGGAAUGGUUCCCCUCAGAUUAGAAAAGCUUUGCGGUAUUGGAGUACUGGCUAUACUCUCCGUGUCAAGAAAGUUGCCUUUUUCGGGAUACUAGUUCUAGGGACUACUUAGUUAAGGGAGACUUGUUCUGGGGUUUAGAUAAGCCAAUAUUAUCGUCAUCAAAGGUGUAUCAUCAAAGGUAUCUUUAGUGCUGAACAGCAAUUCCAGAGAGAAUGAGAAGGAUAGCAUUCUUAUUCAGGUACUGCUGAGCUACGGUAAAGUGUACCACGACAAUCUACAGGAGUAGUACGGAGUACAUAACUGUACCUACUACUACUAGGU